AUGGAUGAACCAGCCGACCAAGAAGAUGGCGGUGUUGAGAGCGUAGUUAAACACAGCAGGGUUCUGAGGCAGAGUGUAGCCCAGUUGCCAUUUCAAGACGUUCCAGGCAAUGAAGAAUCCGAAAGGAACAAACAGGAAAGACGACAGCCACCAAACAACAGGGUUGCCCAAAAGAUACACUUGUCUGUCUCCUUCCUUCCAGUAGGAAAUACCUCUUUGGAGGAAUGGCCAGGACUCUGGUCUGGACUCGAAAACGUGAGGAGCUUUGAGUCCCUUGUUGAUCUUCCACAUGAUCUUGUAAGGACGGAUAUCGUGGGAAUGCAGACGUCUGUGGGUCAGGGUAUGGUAGAGUCUGAUUUUUGUUCCGUCGAGGAUUGGCUCGAACGAGGUUGGUGGCUCCGACACGUUGUAGAGCUCGAUACGCCAUUUGUUGUUUGCGUCGAGAUGUGGAUACAAAGUCACUUGUUGCUGGCCGGAUCCUCCCUCGUAGAGAGAGUUGUGAGAGUGGAGGUAGCCGCCGUUGGUCUCGACGUGUUUCAGGGUGACGACGGAGCCGACUCCCACGUCUGCCAAAGUGGACUUAGGCACGGUUGUGUCUUUGAAGGAGGUUCUGAACGCAGACGAGAGGAAGGCUGCUCCGUCACCUUCCUGGUCCAGCAAGGACAGAUGGACCUGGAACGAGAUCAAGUAAAUGAUGGCUGGAAUGACCAAAAGUGUCACAAAUUUGAUAAUGUUCUGCUUGACGAUGGAUUUUGGAGAUUGUUGCAGAUCGCCAACGGAGAACCAGAACUUGAUGGCCGUGGCGGCGCCGACCCAAACGAGGGUGAACAGACCGACCCAUUUGGACGAGCAGGCGAAUCCCAAACACGUGCCUGUCAAGACGAGCGAUUUCCACCAGUUCCAAGAGAGAGGAGUUUCUAUGUUGAGCUUGGAGGCAGAGUAGGCUGUGGCAGCAAUGAAGAACAGCAGCGGGGAGUCCAGCAACACGAAACGGGAGAUUGUCACGUUUGCGUUUUCCAGCACAAGCAAUGCGGACGACAGAAAAGCCACGAUUGGUUUGGCACCGGUUGUUCUGAGAGUCAGGUACAACAAGACAACGGUUCCGACACUCAAGACGGCACUAAGCUGUCUCAUGAGAACGUAUGGAACGUUGGAAGGGAACACGUCGCCGAUCUUGGCGAACUCAAACUUGCCGUUGAAUCCUCCCAAAGCACCCACUGCCGCAAAUAA